GAGUAGAUUAGUCCCCUUUGGUUAACAAAUGUGCCAAUAAUGGUGUAUGAUUCAUUAUUGUUCCACUUUAAUAAAGUAAAUAUAUCCACCUUAUUAAGAGGAUUUGAGAUGUGAAUCAUAAAACCUAUUUACCUUAUUUAGAAGGUUUGAGAAUAAUACAACUUUAUCCAAAUGGUUUUAAAAAUAUAAGAAAUUUUAACCUCACCCUCCCCUAAUUGAAAUAAACAUGUAAAGUUACACUAUAAAAACAUAGGUCCUCUAGCCUAUGAUAACCAAAAAAAAAAAAUCCCACCUUUGAUACCACCCUUUUCCUAACAUCUCUACUCCACCCUAUCCUGCACACCAUGGAAUUUUCGAGAGCUAGAGAUAAGGUGGUGGUGAUAUUAGGCCCCACUGCAUCUGGGAAAUCCCGACUUUCUAUCGAUAUUGCCUCCAUAUUCCCUUCUGAAAUCAUCAAUUCUGAUAAAAUUCAAGUCUACAAAGGCCUUGACAUUACCUCUAAUAAAAUAUCAUUAGAGGAGCAACUUGGUAUUCCUCACCAUUUAUUAGGAAACAUCGAUUCAUCAUCGAGUCUUGACGAGAUAAGCACUUCUCAAUAUCGUUCAUGGGCUUCGUUGUUGAUCUCUGAAAUCAAUAAUCGUGGAAACAUUCCUAUUGUUGUAGGUGGGUCAAACUCAUUUGUCUAUUCCCUUUUAGCAAAACAAUUUAACCCAAACGUGGACGUAUUUUCCAAAUCCUCCCAAGGAUGUUUUGAGUUAAAGUAUGAUUGUUGUUUCCUUUGGGUCUAUGUUUCACCACCUAUAUUAAACAAAUAUAUAGAUAAGCGAGUCAAUGACAUGCUUGAAAAAGGGAUGCUUAAUGAGUUGGCCGAGUUUCACCGAUCUGAGAGAAUGGGUAUGCAUCAACCUUAUAAAGGGUUGGCGAAGGCAAUUGGUGUUCAAGAAUUUGAAGAGUAUUUUAAAAGGUAUGCUAGUGAAAUUAAUGUGUUAGAGGGUGACGAAGUUCAAAGGCGUAUGUAUGAGGAAGCUGUGAAAGCUAUAAAAGAAAAUACAUGUGAACUAGCAAGGAGACAGGCGGAAAAGAUAAACUUUUUGAAAACAAAAGGUUGGAAUAUCACUAUUUUAGACGGAACUUAUUCUCUUCAGGCAUUAUUGGAUGGAUCCAAGAGUUGGUUUGACACAUGGGAGACCCAAGUUUUGAAACCAAGUGUGGAAAUUGUCAAGAGCUUCCUAAAAGCAUAA